UAACCUUUUUUUUCGGAGUGGGUCAGUAGAAACGAAAGGCUACCUAGGAUGACAGCUCAUACAUUCACGUUCCUUCUUUGCUUAUUGGUGUUCAUGCAGAGGUCGUAUUUAGUGGAAGGGUCUCACUUCAGACAUGCCUUCAUGAGCUUUGCUCCGACUGAUGCUGAUAACAACACGAUUCAUUUUACCUUUCGUCUGGCUUUUCGAAGGUCGUCUAUUUUUUGUGAUGAGAACACAAUUAACACAGGAGGAAUUAUUGGACAUGGGAAUAAUUGGAUAGCUAAGUGCAGCGAUUAUUCCAGUGCAGUGUGUUCGCAGACCUUUUAUCUUGCAAAAACACGCUUUCACUGCACUGACUUUAGUCGCGACGAAGACUGGUCCAUGGGGGAGAAUAACUUCACCUACAGUUUUCCGUCUAGUAAUCUGCAGUGGACAGUGAGUUACCAAAGUUGUUGUUGGAUUUCUAACCUUGUGCGAUAUGCAGACUCAAGCUGGUUGGUAUCUACUAAAGUAAAUCUUUAUAAACGAUCAGAUAAUGGAAAAAUAAACUCGUCCCCAGUCUCCAGGAGCCCAGCUAUAGUACGGUUUCAACAGGGCUGUCACAAGUCUCUUAGAAUUCCGGUUGAAGAUCCAGAUGGCGAUUUUGUGAAAUGUCGUUGGGCAACCUACGCCGAGUCCUUCAUAAGAAAUGAUAGUUUUUCUUAUGGUGAACUUGAUGAGAAAAACUGCGUUUUAACUUACAGAGGUGGACGUGCAGUAUCGGGUACUUACGUAUUGACCUUAACUUUGGAAGACUUUCCAGCUGGAACCACAAACUUCAAUAACAUCAGACCAUUCAGCGCUGUGCCACUUCACUUUCUUGUCAUAAUAAACAAUGCGUCCGCUUCUUGCCAAGACAUACCUGUUUUUACUGCUUCCACACCUCAAAAUGGUGAAUGCUCAGAGAUUCAGAUUGGGUCAGUAUACAGAGCAGUCAUUGAGGUGCAGCUUCCACGCGUUGCUAAACAUAUCGUCGAGAUAAACACAAACUCUCCACUUGGUAUGCAACUGACGCCAUUACGCUUUCAUGGAGGCAUCUACUUCAGGAAUGUCACGUGGUAUCCGAAUCAGAACCAAGUUGGACAGCAGAUGUUCUGCUUUCAAGCUUUGGAUUCAGACGGAUUACAAAGUGAAUGGCGUUGUGUCACGAUCCUUGUGGGUCUAAGUAAUACGCCUCGUGUUAUUUUGGAAACACGAUGGCCAAUAAGCCCUCUAAGUGAGAUCGGAACAGGACUAAUAUGGUGGAGUGUUCAUUUUGACAGACUGAUAAAGAAGCCUCGUAGCUCAGCAUUCAUACGAUUGGUUCUGCAGUCAAAUGGUUUUACUGUCUUCAAAGUGAAUGCCCUCUCUAGUUACGUUAUUAUCGACAGUAACCGCACAGCACUGCAUUUUGCCACGCCCAAGGCUGCACUGAGUAUGAAUGGUUCCUAUGCCAUCUUAAUAGAUCACGGUGCAGUCGUUGGACAAGGCUGCUCAUAUGAUGGUCCACCAACACCUGGUAUAACCUCACCCAAAGACUGGGCUUUCCCUGUAUAUGGUGUAUGCCCUGUUGGUUAUGCUUUGGCUCCUCCAAGUUUUCAAAAGUGUGAGGAUAUAGAUGAAUGUGGGGGACAUCAUAGGUCAAAACGAUCUCAUUGGUGGUGGCAAUAUAUCCAGACUUCAGCCACUUCUUCAAGCAUAACACCUACUUCAACUGGUCCAUCUACAUCCAUUAGCGCAGCUCCUUCACAAUCUUCAGAAUGCUAUAACCACUCUUACCUACAAGAUGCAGAAAGAGGGAUGGGUCAUUAUAACGGCUUCUACGGAAAUGUAGAUUGUGAUCGUUACACCUUACAACCUGGAUGGUACAGAUUUCUUGGUGCAGCUGGAACAGAGAUGCCCACGUCCUGUGUAGGAAGAUAUCGAUGCGGCACCCACAUAACGGGUUGGUUGAGUGGCCAACAUCCGUCGGUCGCUGAUGGAAUCGUCUAUGUUAAAGUGUGUUUUCAUUGGCACUCAAGUUGUUGCCAAUGGUCUGCCUACAUCCGCGUUCGUAACUGCAGUGGUUUCUACGUGUACGAGCUCGUACCUGUACCAUAUUGUUCCUCUCGCUUUUGUGGAAAUGGAGGAGGUAAUUACUCAUCGACGUCUACUAAUAUAGCACCCUCACCAGCCUCUGUACAGCCGAUGGCGACAGCGUCUAUGUAUGUUUCUGGGAAUGCUCUUCACUCAACUAGUAUCGCACCUACUCCUUCCCAGUAUAUUGCCGUUGCUACCCCGGCUUUUCCUGGAAACUGUUUCCAUCACCUCAACUACAGUUAUGGUUCCUUUGAGAGCCCUGGCAAACCAGGUUGUUACCCGAACAACAAGGAGUGCGCCUGGCUGCUCGAAGCUCCAGUUGGCCGACACGUUUAUCUAUACUUCUCUUCUUUCCAUUUGGAAUAUGGAGGUUCUCACUGCCCGUGGGAUUAUGUGACAAUUCUGGAUGGUAACUCUUUGUACAGCCCUGUUCUUUUCAAGGCGUGUGGCCAGUUGUCAUGGUUCGGAUUGUACAGUAGUGGAAGGUUCCUCAUGGUGCUGUUCCAUUCGGACGGUGUCAUAAGGAUGCCUGGAUUUUACGCUUCUUUCUACGCUACAAGUUAUAACGCGGGAAACAAUUUUGUGUUAUCAAGCCUACAAGUGUCUUUCACAAGCCAUGGGCAGUGUUUGCCCACACAGACACAAACUGCUACUCCUACUUCGUCAAAUGUGCAAGGAAUCCACCCGACACCAGCCUCUGGAAUGGCAACGACCUUCUAUGCUGAUUCAAGUGUAAACGUUCAACCAGAUCUUUCUCAGUUUCAAUUUCAUUUACCGGCGGAAUGCGAUCAAAGUUGUCACAACACGGUUGGAAGUUACACUUGCUUUUGCGUUAGUGGAUACCAACUGGCUGCAAAUGGGAAAUCAUGCUUGGACGUUGAUGAAUGUUUGAUCAGUAAUGGCGGCUGCAGCCAUCAUUGUUACAAUAUCCCUGGAUCAUUUUACUGUGGCUGUCCGGACGGAACCAGUAUGGGUGCUAACAAUUUGACCUGUGUUGAACCUGGUGUGUCUGUUAACUGCAGUGACUUUAUGACAGUUGCCUUAGAAAAGAAGACGUUUCCCUUUUUUGACGCCACCCGACUGCACUUGAGGUACUCCUCAUGUAGAGCCACACAGAAUGACACCCAUCUGCUGAUCAGCACUCUGCUAAAUGAUUGCGGAACACUGGUCAACGAGACCGAAGAUGAUCUUAUCUUCUGGAAUGAAAUUCGAACGGAUGUGAUCGUUAUCGACAAUGUAAUAACUAGAUCACAUGACAUAAAAAUUCCAUUUUACUGUAGUUAUUCAAGGAAGAAAUGGGUCAACCUGGGUUUCAAGCCUCAGCAUCUACACUUUGGAACAGAAGCUGGGUAUGGUAACUUUACCUUUAAAAUUGACUUUUACAAGAGUUCGUCAUUUGCCACACCCUAUACUGAGCAGGACUACCCUCUGAGCGUGCCAAUCAAUCAGUACUUGUAUGUGAGAUACAGUGUAGAAUCCAGUGCUGAUCUGGUAAUAAUGGCCGUGACAUGUAAGGCCACUAAAACUGGAAGCUUUUACUCCUGGCCACAAUACUCUAUCAUACAGAACGGUUGUCCGCAAGAUACAACCAUGGAUUACAACUUUGAUCCCAAUAGGAAUUACCAGCAAUUUAAAAUCAAAGCGUUCAGAUUCUUCAACGAUUACGAUCAGGUGUACAUUCACUGCGAAGUUUUGGCCUGUCAUAGAUACUCUUCAAACUCCAGGUGCAGCCGAAGUUGUUUAGGCAACAAGAAGAGAAAGCGGAGGGAUGUUACACGUGACGAAAUAGAACACGAAGAGAGUACUACCAAAGUCACCCUAACACAAGGACCACUGAUCAUCCAACAAGAGCAAGAGCAAGGAGACACAGAUCAAAACAAGCAAACUGCGCUGAUUGGUGGCCUAGCAGGGGCUGGAGGAUUUGCUCUAAUUGCAGUUGCAGCAUUGGCUGUGUUAUUUGUCAAAUACCGCAUUGCCCGACGGUUCAUGAAUAGGAACAAGGUUGGAGACCAGUACGCAACCCAAGAUGAACAACUAAGCAGAAGAAAUGCUUACGUUCAGCCUGAAGACAUGGUCGAACAUGAAGACUCUUUCUAAAUAUAUGCUAUUCUUCUAGAUCGUGUGUUUGCCUCCAUAACAAACGACCGAGUACAUACUUAAUGUCGGAAGUUAAGAGUUAUGCGGGCUUUUAUGGCAACCUCUGAUAAAACUAAACAUUCUCCUCCCCCUUCUGAGAAAUUUAACCCCUUAAAGGUUACGUAACUUGCUUGUUUCACUCCACCUUUACAAUGAGUAGUCUCUUAUAGACUGCUGGCCUUAUUUUGGAUAGAUCGCUUUUAAAUAUUUAAAGGGAAUAUUUUGAAGGAUAUGUAACUCGAAACAGUAUAGAUCUCAUAAGUCGUGCCUUAAUUUAACAAUCUUUGAUCACUGUAACGGGAUCUCAGUUUAAAAAGCAAACAAAACUGAAUAAGAAAGGUUGUUUUUAACCAUGCUGAUUAUCAUUUCUCUUCAUCAAACCUGCCUUUUCAUUCAUACUUUUAUUUUCAUUAACUGUAGUCCUCUUAAAAUGUCGAGAAAUAUUAAAUAGGCGCACCUUCUCUCCGGACUCUCUAGUGCACCUAGAAUUAAGCUAAAAUAUGUUAACUCAGUACGCACGUAAGAACGCGUGCGUACAGCUGAAAUCUGGAAUUUUUUUUUUAAUUCCCUUAUAGCAUUUGUCACAGUUACCAUAAAAUAGGAUUGAUUUUAAAUUUCGAAUUAUACUGGUGUGUAUGUUCGUUUCUCCCGUACCUUUUUUGUUGUAUGUUAUUGAAAACUUCAGAGAUGGGUAAAAUAAAUAAGAAAAUAUUGCA